AUUCCCACAAGAAGGUGUUUAUAAAAAUUAGGGUUUUACUCCACGAAUCUCCGAGUCUGAGCCAUGGCAGAGACGGUGGUUUCAGAAACCCCCGAAACCGUCACGGAAAGAGAAACCGCUAACACCCAAGACAUGGAUGUCGAAGCCCCUGAACCCUCCCAGCCCAAUGGCUCCGACUCUGCCGACAACGUCACUAACGGUGACUCCAACUCCAAGCGUGGGAGAGAGGAGGCAGGCGAGGGAGAGGACGCAAAUGAUGCCGUUACCAAGAAGCAGAAGGUGGAGAAGUCCGUGGAGGAAGAGAGGCUCGAGAAGUUGGAGGCAGAAGUUGUUGAAACGGGUCGGUUCAGCUUGGGUCCAAAGACUUUCGGAUCUUCUGUUGAGAUGUUUGAUCACUUCUUCAAGUUUCUGCAUUACUGGCCUGCUAAUCUUGAUGUCAAUAAGUAUGAGCACAUGAUGUUGCUGGACUUGCUGAAGAAGGGCCAUACCGAACCAGACAAAAAGAUUGGCGGAGGGAUCCAUGCUUUCCAAGUCCGAUACCAUCCAGUGUUUAAAAGUCGCUGCUUCUUCGUCAUAAGGGAUGAUGAGUCUGUUGAUGAUUUCAGCUUCAGGAAAUGCGUGGAUCACAUAUCGCCCUUGCCUGAAAACAUGAAAGCAAAAUCUGAGGUCAAUAAGGCACUGGGUGGAGGCCGUGGAGGAAAAGGUGGUGGCGGUGGUGGAAGAGGAGGUGGCCGCGGCCGUGGUGGAAGAGGAGGUAGAGGAAGAAACUAAGGUGUUAUCCUUUAUUUUACCUGGAGAAUAUGAUUUGAAUUUUAAAAGCACUUGCAAAAAAAGUUAGAACCUGGUAUUUUUCUCCUAUUUAUUUGCGCUAAACUGAUGUGUUACCCAAAUUUUGAUAAUUAUGGAUGAGUAUUGGAGAUUAUAUGC